AUGCUCAACAAGGUCAUCCAGGACAUAUAUCACCUUCGGCGCGUGCACGCCGUGCUACCUGACGCGGUGCUCGGCGACACUCUCAAAAACAAGCUCCUGCGCCUUUCACUGCAGCCCUCCCUGCAGGAGCUCAAGCAUCGAGCCCAGCAGGCGUACACCAGUGCCCAUGAAGGCAAUCAACCAUCUUCUCUGUCCUCGGGCAGCCGAUGGGGCCACGGCGGCGGCACGCUGAGCUACUCCCCCUACACCAUCAACCCAUCCGCCCUGUGCAACCUCUUAGACAGCCUAGCAUACUUCCACUUGGGCAGCAGUGCCGUCGCGAAGGAGGCGGUGCAGCUCGUGCAGCUCAGCGCGCCGUCCAUGUCGGUCCCACAACUAUGCACCACACUGGCUGCGUGCUGUGCGCUUGGAGCGCAGACCGACAUCACGGCGACGGCGCUGCCACUGCUGAGUACGGCAUUGAACUCGUACACCGGGCCGUCAUCCUUGGGGGAUGAGGGGGCGGCGGCGGCGGCGUCAGCGGCCGGCUCGUAUAAGGCCAAUGAGGCACCGCUUCUCUUCUCGCAAGGUAACAUCGUUCUGCUGCUGAUGGAGGCGCUGCAGCGAGCUGGGGUUGAGGAUGUGCAGGUGUGGCACCUGCUCGCGGAGCAUUGCCUCCGCUACCUCGACUCCUUCGACGGUAGGCAGCUCUGCAACGUCAUCGAGGGCCUUUGUGCCGAGGGCAUCGACGACUACCCAGACUUCUUUGUAGCCGCAGAGCGGCACAUCACGUCGCAGCCGUCUAAUUACUUGUCACCGGAUCAGUUGCAGAGAGUGGUGCGCUGCUACAAAGACUUGCAUCAACCAGUGGUGUCGCUGCUCGCGUUGGUCAAUGCGACACCGCUUCACGGCGAGGAUGUUGAGCGAUCCAUCAGUGCAGCAGCUGCUGUCGUGGCUUUCUCCAGCAGCAGCGACCUCGACGGCUGUGGCAAAGGUAGCCGAGGUGCGGCGGACGCCUCACAGACGACUCGCGGAGCGACGCUGCAUCCUUCCUUAGAGGCCUUCGAGGGGGCCGCCAUCACCGCGGUGGCGUCCGCGGAUGCUCAAGGGGUUUUGGACCUCCUCCAAAAGUGCGAGCAGCGACGCGUCAUGACGGCACGCGCCAUGGAUGCCAUACUCGAGCGUCUCCUCGGCUUGUACUACCCCGAGCUGCGGAGCGGCGCAGCCAGCGCGGCGGCAGCCAAGAGUACCGAGGGCGCAUCCACUACUGUGAGCGCCACCGACGCUGCCGCUCCGCCACCGCAGCGCCUCCACGCUCCACUGGAGCUGCACCACCUCUCCCAGGCCCUUGUGGCCGCUUUUGAGUUCAAUGAUGCCGCGCUUUUUGCUCAGCAGCUGCCGACGGCAGCGAGCCCUGGUGAGGGGGAGAAGACUCCCACGGUGCCCGCCAAACCGGCGGCAGUGACGGCGUUGCUCGACGCCCUGGCCGGGGAACUGACGCGCUGGUACCAUCACCGUGUGCUGCAGCUGGUGCGGUAUGCGUUGCGGCUGCUGCCCGCUCCAUCGCAGCCUCACACUUUCUACCGCGCCGUGGUUGAUCACCUCCGUCGCUCCAAUGACCUCUCGUCACAUGAAGGGCCGCCGCAGCUUCGCAGUUUGAUCGAUGCGCUUCUUGCCUUGCGCGCCUACGGCGGAGAGGCGAUACUCGUGCAGUACAUGCCAGCCAUCACUGUCGCCGUGCAGAACACGCCUCGCAGCACCCAGCUUGAGCUCACGGCUCUGCUGGCCAACUUGCCAUGCGCCAAGGAGGAACUCAUACCCGGGGUCUACCGACAGUGGGGAUCCCAGAAGCGCUGGCUUCGCACCAUCACCGAGGAGGAGGUGGGGUGGGCACUGCAGAUCAUGUCGCGCAGCGGCGGCCUUCGGGACUCGCAGAUCCUACACGCUGUGUUGGAGUACGUGCAGGCUCAGCGCGCACAACUACCGCCGCAGCGCGUGGUUGAGUACCUGCAUCAGCUGGCUCGACUAGGCGUGCGAGACCUGGAGUUCUUUACACAGACCGCGGAAAAACUGAUGCGGCGUGCGGUUGAGUCUUCCCCGUCCGUGGCUCUCGCAGCACGCGGCGGCGCAGCACAGCCGGUGCGCGCCUCGUCGUCAACUUCUCAGAUGAUGGUACGACAUCAGCAGUGGCAGGUAACAACGGUGCACGAUCUCUGUCUCCUCCUCUUCACCUUCACGUUUGUGCUGCGCGACUCGAUUCGCGUCACGCAGCAGAUUAUUUCGCGCCUCAAGAUGUGCGCCUCCUCUGCCGCGCCGCGCGACAUCUCGCUAGCGCUGUACAGCUUUGUAAAGCUGCGCGUCGCGCACAACGACGAGGUCACUGGGCAACUGUGCGAGCGGGCCUGUGCCACUCUUGCAGAGUUCCGCGCCGCUGAGCUGGCGAGCAUGUGGAGCUCACUGCGCUGCCUUCGCCAUCCACACCGCAAACUGCGCCAGCAAACGCUCGACCUGCUGGGCGCCAGCAAUGCCGCUGUUUGCCCUAAAUGGCGCUUUGCGGACAACGACUGCGUCUCCCUGGGCUCAGCUCUGCUCCUGACCGAGGCUCUGCCGUUCACUGCUGAUCAGCCGCUUGUGCCGCCUCAAGCUCACGAAGACAGCACCGCUGCGGGCGGCGCUGAUGACGGUGAAACCGCUGCUCUUCCUGGAUCUUCUGCCACAGCGGGGAGAGGGGUGGGGGCGGCGGUGCUGCUUCCCCCAGUGUUCGAGCGCCACUUUGUGGAGGUGUGCCAGCGUCUCUUACCGGCUGCGACGGGUCAGCGGCUGUACCUCAUUCUCUGCAGCCUCAGUGCGUGCCAGACAUCGCUGAACGUGCCAGUCGAGCUGUGGGAGAAAACGCUGACGACAGUGGACACGCACGCCGAGUCGCUCUCUACAGGAACUCUUGGUGAGCUCGUUGGCACGGCGCAGCUGGAGGUGCUGGCCGCGUUGCGGCGCCUGCGCGCUUGCGUGGCGGAUCCGGUGGCCCUUGCCACGCUGGAGGUGGCGCAGGAAACCAUGUCCCGACCUUCUGCAGUGAAGAAAGGAAAUGCUGGUGCCGCCGGCUCUGGGAGGUGGGUAACGCCAUACUGCCCGCCGAGGCUGUGGUCGACGUUGCGGCCGCAGUGGCGAGAGCUGACGUGUAGCGCCGCAGUGCUGGCGCGUCCAGAACUAAUGGAGGUUGUGGUAGAUAUCAAGGGUGGGGGCGACUACCCAGAAGUCGCUGCGGAGGCUAAGGCAGGGCGGCGGUCUGCUGCGGCUUCAGCGAAGAAGCCUACUGUGCGCAAGGGGCGUCCCGUUAAGGCCGCAGCUCACCUGGUAUGA